UGCGCAAUGUAUAGACUAUAAUUAUUUAAUACAACGAAAUGUUGUUUAAAUGUUGCGCGCUUGCGCUCGCAAAUACUUCACAAUGUAUUCAUUUGUAGGCUAUAGCCUUGAACUAAUUGAAAUAAUAUAGCCUAAAUAAUUCGUUUCCGUUCCUUCUUAGGCUCCCUGUCUGGCUCCUGACCUAUCUAUAGUGUUUAUUUAAUGUAUCCUUUAUUUAACUAGGCAAGCCAGUUAAGAACACAUUCGUAUUUACAAUGACGGCCUACCAGAAGGAAAUUUGCAUCCCGCGGGGACGGGGCUGGGACCCAUCACAACAAGAGAGACACCACAACACUACAUAAAGAGAGACCUGCAUGGCAGCAACAUAUGACAACACAGCAUGUUAGCAACACAACAUGACAACAACACGGUAGCAGCACAACAUGGUAGAAGCACAAAACAUGGUACAGACAACAGCACAAAGAGCAAGAAGGUAGAGACAACAAUACAUCACGCGAAGCAACCACAGCUGUCAGUAAGAGUAUCCGUGAUGGUGAAGGAUUUUGUCUUGGUGGGCCAACACACCUGUCCCAAAACGGCAAUGAAAGAGAUCGAUGAACUCUACACUGUUUUCAAUGGGAUCUGCAAGAAGUGGAAGACUGAGAAUGUGGUGAUCUUAGGGGACCUGAACGCAGCCUGCAGCUACAUCACCAUCAAGGGCUUUAGAGCUGUGCGUUUGAGAAGCGACCCCAAGUUCCGCUGGCUGAUUGGAGAUGAACAGGAUACAACCGUUCGGCAGAAGACACACUGCGCUUACGACAGGAUAGUUAUUCAUGGCAGAGAGAUGAUCUCUGGGAUAGUUCCAGAUUCAGCUAAACCCUUCAACUUUAAAGAGGAGUUCCACCUUACUGAAGAAGAGGCCUUGGAAGUCAGCGACCACUUCCCAGUAGAAGUUGACCUGAAGCCCAUCCAUCGCUAUCUCCUGCGCCAUGAACUUUAGACCCCACUGCACAAUCAACAUCACCAACAACCAUUGCAAUCAUGUUUUUACUCCCAAUUAUUUCAGUUGUAUUUAUUUAUUUCAAUUUAUUUUAGGUACUUAAUUAAAUUAUGUAGGAGUUUAGAAAAAAAAUUAAGAGUGAUUUUUGUUGGAAUUUAUACUGUACCAAACUGUAUAUACUAUUAAGGAAAAUAAACAAACGGUGUCUUUGUCUGCAUAGAGACUAAUAAACGUAAUAUAUUGGAUAUCUAAA